GUAUUAUAUAUAAUUAAAAACUUGUUAGCUGACAGUGUUAUUGAGUUCGAGCUCAAGUUAAAAUGGGUAAAUAUAUUGCUGUUGUGAUCGCCUUCCUGGUGGCUGCGGCCCAGGCCGAAGACCUCAAGAGCGGAUCAGUUCCUGCUCUAUUAGGCCAAGAAGAGACACGCAAUUUGGGAUUGAACGCUCAAAUAAACGAUUAUGUUGACAACACAAUCCAGUUGAUUGUGCCUUUUAUCCAAGAAAAUGGCCUCGACCCUAUGGAUCUUCCAGACGUUGUUGAAGGAUUCGAAGUGAGGCCAGUUUUGAUCACGUACAGUGCUUGGCUGAAGAUACACGAUGGUUACAUGACUGGUUUGACAAACGUGGCUCGUUCUGGUGAUCAGACAAUCAACUAUUUCGCCAAGAUGGUGCGUGUACGAGUACAACUGCAGUUCAGGAACUUACAGUUCGUGUACAAAUACCUAGUGAAGGUGAUGAACCUCGGGCCCACUGGUGGUAUCAUCGGUUCCCUGAACCGUUUCGUUGUCGUUGUGGACUUGCUUGUUGAUUUCAAUAACGACGAAAUUCAUCUGCAGCAGUUCUCACUCACCGACAUUGGACGUCUUCGCGUACGUUUGACCGGUAACAUUUUGACCGAUUGGCUGGUGAACCCUGUUAUCCGUACAUUCACAAGGAUCUUUGAUAACACCAUCAUUAAAGUUGUGGAAGUCAACAUUCGUGACGCUGUCAAUGCGGGACUUGCUGAAAUCAACAGAAACAUCAGGACCGUUAUUCAGUUUAUUGAAUCAUUCAAUUAAAAAAUGUAUAUUCAACGUUCAAGAUUAUUCCUGUAAAAUAAAUUUCUGAAGAAUUAA